UAAAUAAAUUAAAUAAAUAAAUUAUGGUAACAUCUAUUACACAAAAUGAUAAUAUUUUCAGAUAUUAUUAGCAUUAUUUUUAUGUGGCCUUACGAGUUCGUGGGCUGAUCUCCGAGUAAUAGAGCCGCCCCUACGAGUGGAUUUGCCCCCCCCGGAAGUUUCAGGGAGGGCCCCUACGAGCAAUGUUGUUACCACUUUUGUCACCAUGCCUGUAGACCACUUUGAUCCGCUCAAUAAGGAUACUUUUCAAAUGCGUUACAUGUACAACGAAGUUUUCUUCGGUGGUAACGGCUCCCCAGUAUUCAUACUGGUUGGUGGAGAAUGGGAUAUUGUACCAGCCUGGCUUCUCGCAGGCAACAUGUUCCAAAUGGCAAGCGAGAAUAAUGGCUACAUAAUGUACACUGAACAUCGAUACUAUGGACAAAGUUUACCUUACCAAAAUUUCACAACUGAAAAUUUACGUUUUCUGAACGUCGACCAGGCGCUAGCAGACCUAGCCUACUUCAUUAGAGACGUUGUACGGACACAAGAGCGUUUCGCAAACAGUAAAAUUAUUCUUUGCGGUGGUUCUUACGCAGGAAAUAUGGUGUUGUGGUUUAAACAACGCUACCCACAUCUCGUAGUGGGUGUUGUAGCGUCUAGUGCACCUAUUUUGGCCAAAGUGGAUUUCACAGGGUACCUGGAAGUAGUUCACGAAGCGUAUCAGUUAGAGGGAGGCGAUGAAUGUAUUGCGAUCAUAAGGCAAGGAAUAGAGGAUACCAUAACGGCGAUGCAAACUGAAGAAGGUAGAAAAUUGAUUGAUAAAAUAUAUAGAUUGUGCUCGCCGCCUAAUUACGACAAUAAGUAUGAUUUAGGUCAUUUCUCCGGACUGAUAAGUUGGUCUUUCUCAAUCUCGGUGCAAUACGGGCGUCCUGGAACGGUGCUCAACGUUUGCAAUAAUUUCAAGAACAAUACUUACGGUUCGACUCCUAUGGAACAAAUAGGAGGUUAUAUCGCUGCAAGCAGAGGCUUAACUACAUGUUGGAACGUAACAUACGAUGAUUAUGUUAAUAUUCAUACCAGUAACACGAAUUCACGCGCUUGGCGCUAUCAAACAUGCACGGAAUACGGAUACUACCAGACGGCUCCGAAAAUUGGCACUGUGUUUGAUCCGUUAAUAUGGCUCGAUGUCGAUUUUUACGUUGGUGUUUGCAAGAGAGUUUUUGGUCCGAAGUUUGAUGAAGCAUUCGUAUAUAACGCGGCAGACCGCGUGAACACAGUCUUCGGUGGUCUGAAACCAGAUGUUAACAACACUCUUAACGUUCACGGUUAUAUCGACCCCUGGCGGGCCUUGGGCGUCUACGAAGAAGACUUGAAGGAGAGCUCUCCUACUUAUACAGUUCCCAGAGCAUCUCAUGGCUUCGAUAUGCAGAGCUGGCAUGCGACAGACACAAUCAGAAUAUCGCAAAUCCAACAACGAGUAAGAACUAUUGUUGCAGGAUGGCUAUCAUAA